AUGGGGGCCACUAUGGUCGUCCCUUUUUGUCCUCGGUUUGGAAAAAAUCCAUUUUGCGGCCCUCGCUUGAUCUCACGCGAGCGCGUCUCCGUUGUCCAUCCAGGGGGCGCGAUCGACAAGGACCUGUGCCGCUACCUCAACCUGCGCUUCCAGAAAGGCUCGGUGGACCACGAACUGCAGCAGAUCAUCCGGGACAACCUCUACCUGCGCACCAUUCCCUGCACCACCAGGCAGCCCAAGGAAGGAGAGGUCCCAGGGGUGGACUAUCAUUUCCUAAGCGUCCAGCGCUUUAGGGAAUUGGAGAAAAGCGGCGCCUUGCUUGAGAGCGGAGCCUAUGAAGAUAACUUUUACGGCACACCCAAGCCUCCCGUCGAGCCCGCUGCUCCGUCGCUAAAUGUAACGGAGCGGCUGCUGCUGGUACCGGGCGCCAGACCCAGCUCGGAGGGCAAGCGCAAGCGCAACAAGUCGGUCAGCGACAUGGAGAAGGCCAGCAUCGAGCCGCCGGAGGAGGAGGAAGAGGAGAGGCCCGUCAUCGUUGUCAACGGCAACGGCAUCGCCCUCACGCCAGAGUCGAGCGAACAUGAGGACAAGAACGCCCCCGGCGAGGCACCGGCCGAGGCGGACCCCGGCCGCUCCCCGAAAAGCGGCGUCCUCCCCCCCAAGCUGGAGGAGAACGACGAGUUGGGCCCGUUACCCGACAACUGGGAGAUGGCGUACACGGAGAAAGGAGAAGUCUACUUCAUCGACCACAACACCAAGACCACGUCGUGGUUGGACCCGAGACUCGCCAAGAAGGCCAAGCCGCCCGAGGAGUGCAAGGAGGACGAGCUUCCGUAUGGCUGGGAGAAAAUCGACGACCCCAUUUACGGCAGCUACUAUGUGGACCACAUAAACAGGAGGACCCAGUUUGAGAAUCCGGUUCUGGAGGCCAAGAGGAGACUCCAGCAGGAGCAGCAGAUGCAAAGUCAGGGGCUCUCCUCGCUCCCGCUUCCCGCCAUCUACAGAGAGAAGCCGUUGUUCACGCGGGACCCCACGCAGCUGAAAGGCAGCUUCCUGUCCACGGCGCUCCACAAGAGCAACAUGGGCUUCGGCUUCACCAUCAUCGGCGGCGACGAGCCCGACGAGUUCCUGCAGGUGAAGAGCAUCAUACCCGACGGGCCGGCCGCCGCCGACGCCAAGAUGGCCACAGGCGACGUGAUCGUGUACAUCGACGACGUGUGCGUGCUGGGCACCACGCACGCCGACGUGGUCAAACUGUUCCAGUCGGUGCCCAUCGGACAGAGCGUGACGCUGGUGCUCUGCCGCGGUUACCCGCUGCCCUACGAGCCCGACGACAACAACGCCAACAGCGCCGCCCCCGCUGCCAUCAUCUCCCCGCUGGGCAUCAUGGAGCAGCGCCCCCUGAUGGUAAACGGUCGCCAAGGCUACGACAACUACCUGGACUACAUCUCCCGCACGGCCCGCUUGGUCCCGGACGCCGGUCAGGAUCACCAGCAGCUUCCCGACACCCACCCGGACACCCCGGACGGCGUCUCGGUGGCGUCUCAAGGCGAGUUGCUGACGCUCACCCUGGUGAAGGGCGCCGACGGCUUCGGGUUCACCAUCGCCGACGGCGCCGCGGGGCAGCGCGUCAAGCAGGUCCUGGAGCCGGCCGGGUGCCCGGGGGUCAGCGAGGGCGACCUGAUCGUGGAGAUCAACAAGCAGGCGGUGCUGGGCUUCACGCACGCCCAAGUAGUGGACUUGCUCAAGGAGUGCGCCGUGGGCGCCGAGACGUGUCUGGUGGUGCAGAGACCCGUGACAGGUCGCUAUUCACCGUGGAAGAGCCGCAAGCAGGUGUCGGAGCAGCGGGAGCCCCCCCAUGGCCCGAGCAGCCUGUCGGCUCCCGUCAUGUCCCACAGCGCCCCCUACCCAAACCGCAACCACCAGCUCAACCAGCAGCAGCAACUCCUCCACAGAGCCUCGGUGCCGGACUCGGCCUCCGAGGCUCUGGCGCUGUCCAAAGCCGAGCCGUUCGGCCUGUACGAGAACUCCCGGACAAUCUUUGAGAGUAGGCAAUCGGGACCCCCGAGGACAACUUUUCCCGCAGACGUCUCGUCAGCAGAGUACCAGGACAUGGAGGUCAACUUGCGCAACCACAAGUCCGGCUUCGGCUUCAGGGUCCUGGGCGGGGACGAGGCGGGCCAGCCUGUGAGUCCGGAAACACGUGAGAAGAUCUUAAUCGGCGCCAUCAUCGAGAAGAGCCCGGCGGACGUGGACGGGCGUUUGCGUCCCGGCGACGAGCUCCUCUUCGUCGAUGGCAUUCCCGUGGCGGGCAAGCCGCAUCGCUACGUCAUCGACCUGAUGCACGGCGCCGCGCGCAACGGACAAGUCAACAUGGUCAUCAGGAGGCGGAGGCAGGCCGCAGGCGACUCGUGCCAGGAGAACGGGCGCCACUCGGGCUCGUUGUCCACGCAGCACAGCUCGCCGCGCAGCGACCCGACGUACGCCGACGGCGCGCCGCCCGCAAACGCGCAACCGAGCGACGUCCUCAUCCACCGGAAGGAGAGCGAAGGCUUCGGCUUCGUCAUCAUCAGCUCGCUCAACCGGCCGGAGGCGCCUGCCACCAACCCGGUGCCGCACAAGAUCGGGCGCAUCAUCGAGGGCAGCCCGGCCGACCGCAGCGCCAAGAUGAAGGUCGGCGACCGCAUCCUGGCCGUCAACGGGCAGUCCAUCGUCAACAUGCCGCACGCCGACAUCGUCAAGCUCAUCAAGGACGCCGGCCUCAGCGUCACGCUGAGGGUCAUCCCGCAGGAAGUGGAGGUGAGCAACCCGCCGUCAGUGCCCACCUCGGAGAAGCAGAGCCCCCUGGCCCAGCAGCAGCAGCAGCGGAGCCCCAAGACGCAGCCGGCCGGCGCCGCCGUCAGCUCGCAGCCCAGCCCGGGAGCCGCCGAGUCGGCCCAGUCCCACGCCAAAGCACACCAGAGCCCCGUCAGCAGCCAGCUGCCCGCGCCCCCGACGCACACGUACCCCCACGAGGGCAGUUACAGAUCGGAGGUGAAAGCCCGCCAGGACGUGAAACCGGACAUCCGGCAGCCAUCAUUCACCGACUACCGGCAGCCGCCUGUGGACUACCGGCACCCCCCGGUGGUCGACUACCGCCAGCCGCCCACGUUGGACUACCGCCACCCGCCCCUUUUGGACUACCGGCCGCAGUUCGCCAUCCCGGACUACCGGAUGCCGCCCGUGCAGCUCUCGCAGGACUUUGACUUCUUCACGGUGGAGCUGGAGAAAAGCGUCAAGGGUUUCGGCUUCAGCAUCCGCGGAGGUCGGGAGUACAAGAUGGAUCUGUUCGUCCUCAGGCUGGCCGAGGACGGCCCGGCGCUACGCAACGGCAGGAUGAGGGUGGGCGACCAGAUCAUCGAGAUCAACGGCGAGACCACGCGGGACAUGACGCACGGACGCGCCAUCGAGCUGAUCAAGUCGGGCGGCAGGCGGGUGCGUCUCCUCUUGAAGCGGGGCACGGGACAGGUCCCCGAGUACGACAGUGGCGCCACUUGGGACGCUCGGCCUUCAGCCUCUCCAAGCUUGCCGGAAGUAACCGCGCCGCUCGACAGCUUUUUGGCCGCGAGCGUUGGGAGCGACGGCGGCCGUUCCGCCUGCGAAGGACGCAUGGGCGAGGAGCGCCAAGCCGCGCCAGGACGCUCCACCGAGAGAAUUCCCGGAGAAAGCGGCUUUCCUGUCACGACCGCUGUGCAUGCGAACGGGAAGAGCAGGCCGGGCCCGGAGCCCGGGCGGGAAUCGGCGGCCAGAAAGUCCGCCGUCUCUCCGGGGCCCUGGAAGAUCCCCGGAUCGGACAAGCUUCCCAGCUCGCUGCGGGCGCAAACGUCGGGCACAUAACGGAUUAACCUACCCAGGAAAGCGGCGACCGCUCCUCGACUCCUCCUCUUCGUUAUAUUUAUUCGAGUACGGACUAAAUUAUUGGACACCCUCCACCUUAAAAACUGGACGUUCAUCCACUUUUCUUUGGAGAAAUCUGCAGAACUGAGAAGCAAUCAAAUGUAAGCAGCUUUUUUAUACGACAACUUGGACGUGAAGGGGUCUAUUUUCUCGGACUUUGCCUUAAGCGGACUGUGUGGGCCCAACAACUAUGAGCGUGUAAAUAACACAGAAGGCUGAGAAACGACGCCGAGGAGGGCAUGGAGUGCCUUAGGAAGGAGCGAGGGGCGGAGCGUAGACGUUUUUUAACAAAGGCUGCUAGUAACCCCGACCACCACACAUGAAGUACUGUGAAUUUGAUUAUGUCGCCAGCUCGUGUACUUUUACGUCCCGCAGGUCUUCAAGUGUGCCAAAAUGGCUUUGCUCUUGUGCAUUUUUUUUUUUUUGUACAAUCAAGUCCGUACCGCCAACGUUUUUAAAGCAGGAGAUGUUGUCUCGGUUGCCACGGCGAUGACGGACCGUCAAGCAAGCACAACUUGGAAGCGUCUGUCCUUUUCAUCACUUUUGUUGGGCAACAAAAACCAAAACGUGUGUGUGUGUGUGUGCGCGUGUGUGUGAGAGACACACAGCUCAGAAUCACUGUGUCGUGUGAAACAAACAGAAAAAAAAGAAAAAACACGACUCUGUUCUAUCGGCAGUCACCAAGACUUGUAGGUAUGCAGAGCAAUUAUUUUUAUGAAGAAAAAAAUCAGCACUAUGAAGAUAUUAACUUGUUUUUUUUUGUUGUUGUUGUUGCCAGAAAUCUUGUAUGAUCCUCUGAAGAAUAAAACAUUGACACAACAAUAGUCAAGCAAUGUGCUAAGUUA